CACUGUGCUCAAGGGAAGUGGUGGCGCAGGGUGAUCACGUCAUCAAACGUGCUGACGUCGUCCUCAGGCGACUGCAGAGUCCUACUUCGCGCCAAGUUGCAGUGUGAUUUUCCUCUUUUUCUAAAAACAAAUCUGAAACCAAGUUGUGUGGAUACGUGUUCAUAAUGGACAUCCGGCGGUUCUUUGCGCCAUCCGCAAAGCCCUCAGCACAGAAAGCGGCUCCAAAUGGAGCCAUCAGCCCGAAGAGGAACCCUUUGUCUUCAGAUGAGGAGUUGAAAGAGAAGAAAACGACAAAGAUGAAAAAACCCCAGAAAGAUGUCAAUCCCAUGGUUGGUGAGAAGAAACGAAAAAAGCAUGCCGUCAUAGAAUCAGACUCCGACUCUGAGGAGCGAGACAGGAAGUCUAAGAAGUUGUCUGAGAAGAAAGAGAAGAUCGGCAAGGCUACACAAUCUGCCAAGACAGAGGCUGUUCACUAUGUCUCGGAAACAGACUCGGACAGUGAUAACUUUCAAUCCUUGAAGAAGAUCUCCAAAACCAAGCAGAAUGGCACCUCCCAAAAGAGCAAAUCAGGUGUCAAAGAAGCUGCAAAGUCUCCUAUCAAGUCCUCCGUUCAGAUAAAUACUGCAACAAAAUCUCCCCCCACGCCUGUCACUCCGAAGUCGGCCAAACAAACCCCCACCUCCGUUUUUGACUACUUUGGCAGUGGAAGUGUUCAGCGGUCGAACAAGAAGCUGGUGGCCAGCACGAAACGAAAGGCGCCCACCCAGGACACAGAUGAGCUGAGUGAUGAGCAAAUCGCUCGACAGCUGCAAAUGGUUGAGGAUGCUGAGCUGGAGAAGCAGAUCCAUGAAGAUGAGGAAUUUGCCCAAACGCUUGCCAUGCUGGAUGCAGAGCCUCAGGCAAAGAAGUCUCGUACAGGUUCUGACGAUCAAGAGGAUGGUUACACAUUACACAAGAAGAUGAAUACCACCAGUCCUUCAAAGACCAACAGAAAAGGCAGCAACUCGGAGGAUAUGAUAGGUCCUUCACCGCAGAAGAGUCUUGUCCCAGUCAAAGCCAGCUCCAAACUGGCCAUGAUGAAGAAGAAGGAUGAAGCAAAAGAGGAUGGGGCAAAGAGCAAGCCACCAACAAAAUUGGAAGUUUCUCCCAAAAAGGAGCCACAUCAUAUGGGCACAUCCAAAACAAGGACGGCACUUCAUGCAUCUCCUGCUAAACCAGCGAGUACAAGUCCUGAUGACGCAGACAAGAAGAAGCUCAACGCUUCUGCUUACAGGAAUUACCUCAACAGAGAUGGACCACGAGCUCUGGGGUCCAAAGAAAUCCCCACGGGAGCAGACAACUGUUUGGAGGGUUGUGUAUUUGUGCUGACGGGCGUCCUGGAGUCGCUGGAGCGAGAUGACGCCAAAUCCCUCAUCGAACGCUACGGCGGCAAAGUGACGGGCAACGUGAGCAAGAAGACAACCUACGUGGUGCAGGGCCGAGACAGCGGCGUCUCCAAGCUUGAGAAGGCAGAGACUUUUGGUACCAAAAUCCUCAGUGAGGAUGAUCUGUUGGAGCUGAUUAAAACAAAACCAGGAAAGAAGUCCAAAUAUGAGAUUGCUGCUGAGGCUGAGAGCAAAGCCUCCAAGGUCAGGUCUCCCCCUGGCCGCACCCCAAAGUUGACCCCAAAAGCUGCAAAGAUAUCUCCCUCCAAAGGCUCUUCCAAGUCUCCUCGCUCCCCGAGCCCGUCAAAGACUGGACAGACAAUAGGCCACGGUCCCAAGACCAAAAAUGGAGCUACCCCACCUGGGAGAGGCUCGUCUCAAACGGCCCGCAGGAACUUGGGCCUUUCUUCUUCCCCGGUCUCAACCUCUAGUCGUCAAUCUUCCACAUCAGUAAAAGAGGAAGAAACUAGUCUUCUGUGGGUGGACAAAUACCGACCGUGCUCUCUGAAGGCUCUCAUUGGCCAGCAAGGAGAACAGAGCUGCGCCAACAAGCUGCUGCGCUGGCUGAAAACCUGGCACAAACAUCACAGUGCAGGUGCCUCCAAACCACCAGUCGCUAGAUUUGGAAAAUUUGGGGCAGGGAAAGAUGAUGGAUCUGGGUUCAAAGCCGCUCUACUUUCUGGACCUCCGGGCGUGGGGAAGACCACCACAGCAGCUCUGGUCUGCGAGGAGUUGGGCCUCAGCUACGUGGAGAUGAACGCUAGCUGCACGCGCAGUAAAAACAACCUGAAGGCGGUGGUGGCAGAGUCCCUCAACAAUACCAGUAUUGAGAGCUUCUACAAAGGUACUUCUCAGCAAGUGAGCAGUAAACACGUCUUGAUCAUGGACGAGGUGGAUGGGAUGGCAGGCAAUGAGGAUCGUGGUGGCAUCCAGGAAAUGAUCGGCCUCAUCAAAAAUUCCAAGAUUCCCAUUAUCUGCAUGUGCAACGAUCGGAACCACCAGAAGAUCCGAUCACUGGCCAAUUAUUGCUUUGAUCUGCGCUUUCAGAGGCCGCGAGUGGAGCAGAUUAAGGGCGCUAUGAUGUCUAUCGCUUUCAAGGAGGGAAUCAAGAUUCCUCCUCCGGCACUUAAUGAAAUGAUCUUGGCGUCCAAUCAGGACAUCAGACAGGUGAUCCACAACCUGAGCAUGUGGUCGGCCAAAGACAAGGUGAUGACGUAUGACCAGUGCAAGUCUGAUGCCGCCAGUGCCCGUAAGGACAUGAAAAUGGGGCCCUUUGACGUCUGUCGGAAAGUGUUUGCCGCUGGCGAGGAGACGGCCAAAAUGAGCCUCAUAGACAAGUCCGAUCUCUUCUUCCACGACUACUCGCUAGCGCCGCUCUUUGUUCAGGAGAACUACUUGCAUGUUCGUCCGGCCGCUGCCCGCGGCGAUGCAAAGGCCCACCUUGUGUUGCUCAGCAAAACGGCCGACUCUAUCAGUGAUGGAGACAUGGUGGACAGACGCAUCCGCUCUGGGCAGAACUGGUCUCUGUUACCCACUCAGGCCAUCUAUGCCAGUGUAAUCCCAGGCGAGCUCAUGAGAGGCUACAUGAAUCAAUUCCCAACGUUCCCCAGCUGGCUCGGCAAAAACUCGUCAGCAGGCAAACAUUCCCGCAUCGUCCAGGAACUGGCCUCACACAUGGCUUUGAAGACGAUGAGCAGCAGGCAGGCGGUCAACCUGGACUACCUUUACUACCUUCGCCAGAACCUGCUCAGCCCUCUCCAGAAGCUGGCAACGGAGGGCGCUAGCCAGGCGGUGAGGCUCCUGGACGAUUACCAGCUCAUCAAGGAGGAUGUGGACAGCAUGAUGGAGAUCAGUGUGUGGGGCGGACAGCCUGACCCCUACUCGAAAUUGGACUCCAAGGUGAAGGCGGCGUUCACUCGGGCCUACAACAAAGAGGUUCACCUGACGCCGUACUCUUUGCAAGCGGUUAAGAAAGGACGGCGUGGCGGCGGCGGUGGGGAGGAGUUUGACAUGGAUGUGGAGGAAACCCCAAUGUCUGAGGAUGAGGGGAGCAACCUUAAUACUGACGCAAUGAUCAAACAGAAGAAGACCAAAGCCGCCAAAGAGCCCAAAAAGGAAAAGAGAGCGGAUUCUGGCAAAGGGAAAGGAAAGGGCAAGGCUAAAAAAUGACUGAUCAGCAAAGGAUAAAACAAAGCAACCGUGAAGAUAAAUCAUGUAUUUCUUCAUCCUAACCAUGAUUUUUAAAAAUCCUUCAUAGUAUUAUCAUGUCAGUACACUUCACCAGGAGCGUUUCCUCUAAAAUGUCAUCUUCAUGUAACUCCAGCUUCAAAGACGGUUGCAUUGCUUAUGCUCAUCAUCAUCUUGUACAUUGAAAUGUAAAUUAGAGAGAUAUGCCAUUUG